GAAACAACAGUCAAUCAUCUCUAACAGCACGAAUUCCCGUCUCUCGUAAUCAACUUAAAAAUGUCUCUCAUCCGUGCCGUCUACGACCCCUUCAACGACUUUGAUCGCUACUUCGACGACGCAUUCCUCAGUCGUUUCACAGGUGGAAAUGCGAACUUCAACCGCGAGGUCACCGCUCGACAGCCCUUCCGUCCCAAAUUGGACAUCAAGGAUGGCACGGACAACACCGUCGCCGCGACGUUCGAGCUCCCUGGGCUCAAGAAGGAAGACGUGAACAUCCAGCUCCACAACAACCUUCUCACCGUCUCUGGGCAGACGAACGCCUCUGUUGAGCGUGAGGAGGGCGGUUACGCGGUGCGCGAGCGGUCUUUCGGCAGCUUUGAGCGUUCGCUUAGGGUCCCCGAAGGAGUGAAGGACGAGGAUAUCAAGGCAAACAUGCAAGAUGGUUUGCUAACCAUCACAUUCCCAAAGGUGUCAGCCGAACAGGCCCCGAAACGAAUCACCGUCGCGUGAGGUGGUCAUCACGGCUGUAGCAAAAUUUCCAGUGAGAAAGGGUAUCCGCUUUGAUAGCAGGCUUAGGUUGUACGAAUAGUAUUUUCAUUAUGUCGUAGUCAUGAGAAAUUCACACCAC